AUGGAGGAGAUUAUAGAGAGAUGUGCAGGUUUACAUCUGUCAUUGAAGGAAGAUGCUGAAGUUAUAAUCCACAAACCAGUACCAGAGGAGGGCUUAGUCCUUCUAGGGAAGUUCUAUACAAAGAGGAGAGUUAACUUAGAGUCUGUUGCAAGGGUGCUGAAAUCGGUGUGGAAAACAGUGGCUAAUUUCGAGGUCAGCGAUCUGGGUGAGAAUAAGGUCAUGUUUCUUUUUCAAAAAAAGGAUGAUAUGGAUAGAGUGCUUUUCCUUUGCCCGUGGUCUUUUGAUAAAUACUUAUUAGUCCUUCAUAAACUGGUGUAUGGGGAGGCGGUGCAAGAUAUCAAGUUCGACAGGACUCCGUUUUGGAUCCAAAUACAUGGGCUGCCUACAAUGUGUCAAACGAAGACAGUGGGAAUGAGUAUCGGAGCUACUCUAGGGGAAGUGGAGAAGGUGGAUGCAAAUGGGAGUGGAUUUUGCCUGGGAAGUUUUCUGCGAAUAAGGGUGCAAAUGGAGAUCACUAAGCCGUUGUGUCGUGGGCGGAAGUUUAGGCUAGGCAAGCAUGGGAUGUAA